GGGUGGAUAGGAUUUCUUUUUAAAGUUUCAGGUUCUCUUCCUCAAACAACCCAUUCAAAGCCUCUGUAUACUUUCUUCUUUUUCCUCUCUCGAUGGAGCUCGCUUUGAGCUUGGGAGAUGCCUCAAAGCCAUUGACAUUCAUUGACAAAAACCCCAAGAUGUCAACUACUAAAGAUCUGGGCUUUUGCAUGGGGUUGGGGACCGGUUCACCUGCUACAGAAGUUCCGGUUCAGCUCGAUCUUUUACCUUUCUCUCCGGUUCCCCGCCCGAACCCUCCUUCUCAGCUCCGAUUCCCCUGGAUCGCCGAUCCACAUGGGCCUGGCAGAGGGCUUGACGUGAAUCGGUUCCCGGGUGGAGUAACAGAGGAGGUAGAGGAAGGGGCGUCUUUGUCGUCUCCAAACAGCACAACGUCGUCGUUUCAGAUGGAUUUUGGAAUCGGGCGAAGCAAGAGAGAGUUGGAGGCUGAGAACGAGAGAACAGGUUCGAAAACAAGUGAUGAUGAAGAAAACGGGUUGACCCGGAAGAAACUCCGGCUCUCUAAAGAACAGUCUGCUUUUCUAGAAGAGAGCUUCAAAGAACACAAUACUCUCAACCCUAAACAAAAGCUUGCUUUGUCAAAACAGUUAAAUCUUCGUCCGCGACAGGUGGAAGUUUGGUUUCAGAACCGAAGAGCAAGGACAAAGUUGAAGCAGACGGAGGUAGAUUGCGAGUACUUAAAGAGAUGCUGUGAAACAUUAACAGAAGAGAACAGGAGGUUACAGAAGGAGCUUCAAGAAUUAAGAGCCUUGAAAUCUUCUCAAUCUUUCUAUAUGCAACUUCCGGCCACCACACUCACCAUGUGCCCCUCAUGUGAGAGAGUCGCCACCACCACCGCCGCCGCCUCUACCACCACCAACACUUCGGCGAGCACCGCUGCCUCUACGGCGUUAUCACUGUCCAAGCCCAGGCCAUAUCCCUUCCCUCAUGGUUCAAUCCACAUGUCUCAGGCCCAAUCCCAGGCCCACCAAGCUGCUUCAUGAGAUGAGACGUCUUUGUCUGGUCCAAAUCCAAGACAUCGUUUAUUCCAAUUUUUGUAAAUAUUGUCGUAGGUGUGGAGUUUUUGAGACAUGAAUUGUUUUUAUCUUGUGUCUUGCUUCUUGCCAAUGGAUCUUUAGCUAGAUGAGAGAGAUUCAAAGAGUGAUAUGAUGAUGAUGAUGAUGAUGAUGAUGAUACAUUAAUUAAUUUGUUGACUAAUGCAAAAUUCAAAGAAGGGUCGUGUAAAUAUGUACUCUGAUUUGGGUGGUUUUGUUACUUGGUGUAAAUUAUUGCAUUUGUCAUCAGAUUUUGUGUUUCUAA